AUGAAACUUAAAAGAUUUCUCCUGAGAUAUCAUCCCCCAGGCAUUAUUCUUGAAUAUCUAAGAAAGAAUGGUGAGGUCGAGACUAAAUCAAUCGAUUUGCUUAAUCUUACCCCAGAGACUGACAUCGAUAGACUCAUCGAUUAAAUCUUGCUCGAAGAGCCUCUUAUCUCAGAAUCCAGAAAACCCUAGCUCAAGAAACUCAUUGAGAAGUUGAUUGAGAAGCAGAUGGAAAAUUAAGAAUAGACUUUCAAAUUGUUCAAGGUUCUAAGAGCACAUUUAUUGCCAUUGACUAAUUGCGCCUUCAAUAAAUCUGGAGACAAAACUUGCAAGGUUUGGGAUACAGUGAGUGGAACAGAGCUACUCUCCCUUGAUGAACAUAAAAAUGUGGUUUACACUAUGGCUUUCAACAAUCCUUAUGGGUAUAAAUUCAAAAAAAGAUAUAAUAAUCAUGAUUAAUUUAGAGAUAAGAUAGUAACAGGUUCAUUCGAUAGAACUGCUAAGAUCUGGGAUGCUAACACUGGUCAGAGAUAUCACACUCUUAAGGGUCACAAGAUGGAGAUAGUCUGCCUUUCAUUCGAUCCUCAUGGAAUGCUUGUUGCCACUGGAUCUAUGGAUCACACAGCAAAACUUUGGGAUGUAGAGACUGGCCAAGAAAUUUUCAACUUAGCAGGUCACAAAGCUGAAAUCGUCAGUUUACACUUCAACACAGAUGGAGAUAAACUUUUGACAGCAUCAUUCGACAAUACUGCCAAGAUCUGGGAUGUGUGCACAGGCUAGUGCUUGUUUACCUUAGAAGGACACACUGGAGAACUCUCCUGCGGUCAAUUCGACUUUACUGGCGAUUACUGUCUAACUGGAAGUAUCGAUAGAACAUGUAAACUAUGGGAUGUUGGCAGUGGCCAAUGCAUUGAAACUUUCAGAGGGCACAAUGAUGAAGUUCUAGAUGCUUGUUUCAAUAGCACUGGAAAUAAACUGGCCACAGCUUCUGCUGAUGGUAUUGCCAGAAUCUAUAAUGUCUUCACUGGAGCUUGUAUCUCUCUUCUUCAAGGUCAUUAAAACGAAAUCUCUAAGAUUUCUUUCAACCCAUAAGGCAACAAAAUUAUUACAGCUAGUAGUGAUAAGACUUGCCGUAUUUGGUCAGUAGACAAUGGAAAUGAAAUCUAGGUCUUAGAGGGUCAUGAGGAUGAAAUAUUCUCUUGCGCUUUCAAUUAUGAGGGAGACACUAUAAUUACAGGCUCUAAGGAUAAUACUUGCAGAAUUUGGAAGGACAACAAUGCAAUCAAGGCUGCAUCUGGUAAAACUGUUGAUGGUUGA